CUGUAUUGUUUUUUUCUGUAGUUUUUCCAAUUUUUUAUUGAAGAAUGCGAUUGUGCGCGUCACCCAAAUCAUUUGUCACGGACGGGAAAAUUCUCUUUUUGCUGGGACCGGCGAUUGUGCAUUUUCCACCCUACUCGUCCCACGGCCACCAUUGCUUCCACUGAACCCAGUCAAAAUUUCCACGCGUCUGACAAAUCGCCGCCCUCUUCUUCGUAUCUCCGCUCCCUUCUAAUGCUUUGCUGAACACAAAUAGCUUUCCGGCGACAACACACCGCCGAAAUGGAUCCUCUCUUCCUCCACCACCUCCUCAUCGUGUCCCUCCUCCUUUCCGCCGCCUCCUCCUCCUCCGACUUCGCCCCCCAAUACUUUCUCAACUGCGGCGGCCAAUCCGACAUAACCACCGAUGACAGCCCCUCCCGCGUUUUCGUUACCGAUUCCGAAUACCUCUCCAGCAAAGCCGAUUCCUUGUCACUCUCCAACCCCUCCUCCAGCAACCUCCGACCCUCCAUCUACUCCACUGCCCGCGUCUUCACUGGCCCCGUCUCCUACACCUUCCCUCUAAAUUCCACCGGCGUCCACGUCAUCCGUCUCCACUUCCUUCCCUUCUCAGCCGACGCCCGUGACCUCUCCGCCGCUCGCUUCGACGUCACCGUCCAGCUCCUCCACCUCCUCAAGAACUUCUCCGUCGCUUCCUCCGCCACCCCCGUCAUCAAGGAGUACUUCCUCUGGGUCGACUCUGCCGCCUCCUCCGCGCUUGAACUCAACUUCCUCCCCGUUUCUCCUUCCUUCGCUUUCGUCAACGUCGUCGAGGUCUUAACCGCCCCCGCCUAUCUCUUCGAUAGCUCUACCACUUCAAAUUUAUCGAAUCAGACUAUGGAGACUGUCUACAGGAUCAACGUGGGCGGCACCAAGGUUACUCCGGCCAACGACACCAUGUGGCGAACAUGGAUCCCUGAUGAUGCCUACAUCUCGAACAGCAACACGGCUUUUUUGAACGGCACCAACAUCAGCGUUAUCAACUACGAAAAGUCAGAUGUGACGAACGUUGUCGCUCCGAAGUUUGUUUACUCCACGGCUCGAACCAUGAAUAUCCCAGAUGACAUGCGGAUUGCCAAUCCAGAUUUCAACUUCAACGUUACUUGGAAAUUUCGGGUGGAGACGAGCUACAAUUAUCUGGUUCGUGCACAUUUCUGCGACUUCAUCUCACAGAGCAGUAUCACCUUCGUCCUCUACGUUGCCGACCAGUCUCAGGAGAUAUUCUCAGGCGAUGACACUGAUCAUGACUUUCUCGUGCCCUUUUAUAAGGAAGUAACGGUGGAGGUGCGACCUCCCUCGGUGUGGAUUAACAUUAGCAUUGGCAGGUCGUUAAAAACCCAGCCAUCGGACGCUAACGCCUUUCUUAACGGUCUCGAAAUCUUUAAAUUCAGCAAUGCGAUCGUCAAUUCCGGCGAUACCACCAACAGAAGAAGCACGACCGUCGCGGUUUUUGCCUCUGCGUCGGCCGGCGGCGCCGUCCUCCUGAGCCUCCUCGUCUUCGGCCUGAUCCUUUGGGCUCGCAAGCGUCGUCACGGAUCGAAGUCUCUGUCGCUGCUAUCGAACGAGACGUCGUCGCCGUACCGCCAGGGAACGGCGCGGCGGGGAAACUUCGUGGAUCUCUCCAGCAACUCGACCUCAGCAGCGCCGACGGCGUCCCCCAGAGUGAACUUCGAUCUCAGCAUCCCGCUGCUCGACAUCAAGGCCGCCACCAACGACUUCGACGAGAGCUUCGUGGUGGGGAACGGCGGCUUCGGGAAGGUCUACAAGGGCGUCCUCGGCGACGGCACCAAGGUGGCGGUGAAGCGGGCCAUGCCCGGGUCGAAUCAGGGGUACCCGGAGUUCCAGGCGGAGAUCCUCGUGCUGUCCAAGAUCCGCCACCGCCAUCUCGUCUCGCUCAUCGGCUACUGCGAGGAGCAAUCAGAGAGGAUCUUGGUGUACGAGUACAUGGAGAAGGGUCCGCUCCGGAACUAUCUGUACGGAGGAUCCGACGACAAGCCGUGCCUUUCCUGGAAGCAGAGGUUGGAGAUCUGCAUCGGGGCUGCCCGCGGGCUGCACUACCUCCACACCGGCUACAGCGACACCAUCAUCCACCGCGACAUCAAGUCCACCAACAUCUUGCUCGACAAAAUCAACUUGGCGAAGGUAUCCGAUUUCGGACUCUCGAGGUUGGGGCCUUCCAUGGGCGAGACCCACGUGACCACAGGGGUGAAGGGCACCUUCGGCUACUUCGACCCUGAGUACUUCAAGACGCAGCAGCUGACUGACAAAUCCGACGUCUACUCCUUCGGCGUGAUGCUGUUCGAGGUGCUCUGCGCGCGGCCGGUGAUAGACAGGAGCGUGUCGCAUGAGCAGAUUAACCUGGCGGAGUGGGCGCUGCACUGGCAGAGGAGGGGCCAGCUGGAGAAGAUCAUAGACCAAAGGUUGGCGGGGAAGAUCAACAGAAACUCACUAAGGAAGUUCGGGGAGACGGCGGAGAGGUGUCUAGCUGACUACGGCGUGGACAGGCCUCCGUUCGCCGACGUGCUGUGGAACUUGGAAUACGCGCUGCAGCUUCAUGUGACGGAGCUGAAGAGGGAACCGCACGAGGACAGCGGCGCCGUGGAGUCGCGAAUUGAUGUGCCGGCGAUGCGGGAGGUUGAUUCGGCGGGUGUUGUGAAGGAGACUGGUGAGGAAGAGAACUGGAGUUCGAGGAGAAUGGUGACAUUGGAUUCGUCGGCGAGCGCCGUGUUCUCCCAAUUGGUCAACAGCGACGGAAGAUAGCCAUGAUAUGAUCUACAGAAUUAUUAUUAACAAUACAGAACCAAAAAUUAGAUCGACUGCAUGUUUGUCAAAGCAUCUGAUCAAGUUCUCAACUAUAUGGAUCCCAUUGACAAGGAUGAGGCAUGAGUAUUGGCUCCUGCUAAUUGGAAGGAUUUUAAAUUAUGGAUUAUAGUUCUUGAAAUCCAUUAUUUAAAUUGGAGACGUUCAAUUAAUUGGAGCUUUUCCUAGUUAAUUUUUGUGUAGCAUUAAUUUUCAGUAAGUUCCAUUAAACGUUAGUUUUCGUUUAAUUAGUUUGAUCAA